AUGCCGAAGCAAAGGUCGAAGUUUGAAGAAGCGGUGGUUAGUCAUUUCGAUCGGUCGUUUCAUGAGAUCACUACAAAUAAUCAAAUCGAACUGCGUUAUGUAUUAUCUCCAUUUCUUCAUAAUAUGCUGUUGUAUCAUUCGAAACAUUACGAAAUUGAUUUUAUUGGCUACACAUAUGAACUUUUGGGAAUAACGUCUUAUUACUUGAAAUCUUCGUUUAUCUAUCGUUAUGAAUUAUGUGAAACCCCAUCUCCGACGCACUUUUAUCAACUUUUGGUGGCUCUGUCUGCAUUCGGAAAGUCAACUUUACAUACUUUACUGAAAUCUGCGGUGAUGAAUGAAUACAGUGUUCGAACAAAUGGUGCUAUGUACGAUCAUCGUAAAUCUGGUGUUCUUGAUGGGUUCGACGCAUUUAUCGAUGAAACAACCGCUGCUGGGUUGCAAGAUAGUCUUGCUAAAGGUCAUAAAAUGAUUUUCUCCGAUGAAGGAGAAAAUCUAUUAAAAACCAACGGCAUUCUCGUGGAUGAUUCAUCGCCGGCGGCCUCAAGUUACGAUUUACACAACUUCGUGUUGUCUUAUUAUGGCUCCAUUCGAGUUUUUAAUAAACAGCUCAAAUCCGGAGCUUUAGCAGCAAAUAUGGGUCGAUUAACAAUUAGUUGCUUGUCAACAACCGAACCCAUAAUUCGAAUGCUAUCACGUCGAUUCAGUGGUGGUCCAACUUCUCCAAUGCUAGAAAGAUUUGCUGUGUUGUACGCUACAACGAAGCCAAAGUACUCAUUCCAACGACCACAAUCAAUAAAUCCCAAAAUGAUGUCAUUAUCACAAUUUGUAAUGGUAUUAAGUGAAAUUAAUGAUAUUGAUUUCUACUUCGAUAAAGAAGCAGAAGAUUUGUAUGCAUCAUAUGGUGAUACAUUGACCUACGUCAUGAAAGAACACGAAAGAUCGUCACCAUGGCUAAGUACACGAUAUGGGAAGAGCCGUGAUCAUGCGCUGCGAUUAUGCGCGCUCCUACAAAGUCUCGAAAUGGCUGCCGUCGUAUGUCAUGACUUAAUUCUUGAAGAACCAUCAUUUGGAAAUGGCGUUGCAGAUAAGAAAUUCUUAGACGCUGCUGUUGCAAAAACAAAACAACUUUUCUAUCCAACAUCUGCUGUUGAAAGGAAACUAUCCAUUAAUGUUGAAGUAGUUCGUGGUUCAAUUUAUUUAACGAAUAAAAUCAUCGAACAAUAUCAACAAAUGUUUGAACCAAAUAAAAAAGAGAUCAAGCAAGUGACAUAUAUAGUUAAUUCGAUGCUUUUCGUGUCUAAUUCUGUUAGUUUUUUUAAUAGUCGGAUGGAAUCAUCAUUAUUAAAUGAAAUAAGUUUUACUGAACCAAAACGACCUGGUGCGAAAGAGAACCAUUACACUAUUGAUCAUACAGCACACGAUGUUCAACAUCAGACGCAAUCGACAUCAGGCAAACAAAGCAAAAAAUUAACAAAAAAAAAUGUGCGUGAAAAUGAAGCUGCGGCUGAAGUUGUUAAUACAUUUGACGCAAGAUCUCCAUUUGGCAAAAAAAUAAUCAAAGCUAUUCUCGAAGUUGAAUCGGCAGUGCUUAUCAAAUCAACUUUAUCAAAACAUACAACACUCAAAAACUAUACACCGUACAUUGAACUAGCACUUAAACAUGUGUUGGAUGAUUUAUUGAUUGAAUUCAAAUCUGGUGCCGUCGUUACUUCGAAUCAACACCGAACCUUGCCUGUUUAUAUCAAAAAAAUGGUUUCGCCGUCAUGUGGUAAAGAAAAUUUGGGUUUAUCUCAGAUACUGAAGACAUUUGAUGUCGAACAUGCAAAUUACGUUUCAACAUGGUGGAAUAUAAUUUUAACUCCAACGAUUACUUUGAGUGAAGAAGUUUACGAUCUAUUAAAAUCUGAACCAUAUGCCACAUUUAUUACUGUGCCAAUCGACCAAUGGGCGCCAGCAUCUAGAAAACAAAUGUCUUCUAUCACUCGUGUUAAUCAAAACCAAACAAAUGAUCGCACUGAACGUAUGCAAGCAGUGACUUCUUCAACUCAUGAUCAUGCGAUUACAACGAAAAAAAAUGCAUUGUACUCAUCGGAUAGCAGCACAAUUAGUAUGAACGAUGAAAAUACAAUUGAUGCAGAUUGUGGCAAAGACGGUUCAGCCUCAAGUAUCUCCACGAUCACUCACCAACAACGACUUCAUAGUACGACUGAUGGAAUAAAUGCAGAUGACAAUGAUAUUCAACAAGAAAAUUCAAACUGUGGACAAAAAAGGAAUGCACCCAUUACAACAACAAAUCAAACACUACCAUUGUUACCAACAGCAACAAACUUAAUGUCUACACGACAACCACCUUCCAAGAAAAAGAAGAAAUGA